CGGCUCGCUGGCACUGCUGCUUGACGCUUGGCGCCAGCUGCUUGGCGCUCUAGAGCUGCAGAGGUGUGGCACGUAUGGAACGAUCCAAGCGAGUACGCCAGCCGACAGCCCGUGCCGAGGAGGCUGCGGCCGCAAAGGCGCGGAAGCAAGCGCAUCACAGCCGGCCUGUUUCGGCCGAUCCGGCCUCCGCCAAGCCGCCCACCACGCCAGCAGCCGUCAUCUGGCCGGGCGGGAGCAGGUGGCGGCCGGGCACGGCCAACUGGGGCACUCGGAGCCCGCUGGCACAUGGCUGUGGCAAGUGUCGCUGGAAUGUUCUCGGAUGUCGCGGCUGCAUCGCCGCUGCCGCCGACUACGUGGCGCCCGCACCGCACGCCUUUGCGCCCGGUAGAGUGAGGCUGCCGGUUGCGGGCAUCGACGCCGACUGCGACGCCGGCGGCGACCGCGACGACCGGAUCCGCGGAGUGCAGGCGCUGUUGGAUAGUGUGGCCGUGCAGUCAGACGGCGUGGCCGAUUUAGACGGGUUCGGCGUCGUCGCCGUGCAUCCAAUCUCGCGCGGCACGCUGCUGCGCGAUCCGUCCGUCGUCUUUGUGCCUCGGCGCCCUCUGCGUACGCCGUCGCGCACCUUCCGCCGUACCACGCGCUCGAGCUCGGCAAGCAGGCGACGCUCUUUGACACUCUUUGACACUCUUUGCUCUUUCACGCUCUUUCACGCUCUUUCACGCUCCUUCACGCCCACACGCCCAUACUCCCGCACGCCCAUACGCCCACACCCUAGAGGCUGCGGCGCCGCGUACGGCUGCGGGCUCGAGGCGCUGUCCGACAUCGCGGCGGGCGAGGAGCUGCUGGCGCGGUACGACCAGACGCUGAGGGAGUGA